UUCACUCUUUGUUUUACAGUAUAUAAUCAGUACUGCUAGUGCAAUACUUAAAACAUGCAAAUCUGCUAUGAGGCUUCCUCUUUUAACACUGGCUAUGGGUUGACCUCAUGAGCAUCAAACACAACAUCAGAGUGCAAAUGCAGCUGAGAGAACAGCAAAGGUUUGAACUGAAUCCUAUUAUGAGUAACAUGUCAAAAGAAGGAAGAUGGAGCGUUUUGAAACAACAUGCAAGGGUGUGUGUGUGUGUGUGUGUGUAUGAGAGAGAGAGAAUGAGAAGUGACACAGGAAGUCAAUGAGGUUGUGGUAAACAGACUCCUAUACCUAUUUGUAUCAACUGAGUGUGAUCACAGUGUGAUGCUUUGUGCUAAAAUGAGAAGACACUUCUGAAACCCCAAGAGAAAGCACCACGUCUUGGUAAGCUCCUCUUAUUUAAUGUAGUCCAUCUUUCCUGAAUUUUAUCCCACUCAGAAACUUUAUAUUUGUGUGCCAGUGCUUUGAAGACGAUGGGUAAAUAUAGAACUGUUACUUAAUAUUAAGUAGUAAAAAAAUAUUCAGUAAGUUCAGUAUUCAACUUAAGUUUAUCUGCCAAUUAUUCUGUGAACUUAACUAAAAAAAUAGUCUCCCUCUUUCUAUACACACCCAUAUAUAUAAGAGGCCGUUUCUGUCUAAUCGGCAUCUUUGUGUUCUUUGCACAUGGCAGCGCUAACUUCCCCUUUCAGACCUUGUUGUUAGUGAAACUUUUUCACAUUGAUUCAAAUAUUGUUCCUGCAGAACUGAUUAAACACCAUUUGUUCUAAUUUUCAGAAAUCCUGUAAAGAGCAAAUUUGGACAAAAAAAAAAGCAGAGACAAAAGACAUGGGUAUUAGUGGAGAGGAAGGAAAACUGCAUCGCAAAUUUUCCCGAAUAGGAAGCAGAUCGCAGAGAGAGCCGCCACGACCCCCUCCUCAAACAGACAAGCCUCCAGCGGUGGCUCCUCCAAGACCAGCCGAGGCUACUCCAAAACCUCCAGAACCUGUGCCAAAACAGGUUGUAACCCCCCCAAAACCUCCAGUGGCUCAAAAGCCCACUGCCCCUCCUAAGCCACAAAUACAAGUGUUCAACAGCACAGAGCAUGGCGCUGCCAUACUCAAGGGGUUGGAUUGUUUUCGCGGUGAUGAGACACUUUGCGAUGUGACUCUGGUACCUGGUGACAGCAGUGAAACUUUCCCAGUCCACAGGGUCAUCAUGGCUUCAGCCAGUGACUACUUCAAGGCCAUGUUCACAGGUGGCAUGAGAGAGCAGGAGCUGAAGGAGAUUAAGCUCCAUGGCGUGAGCACAGUCGGCCUGAAGAACAUCAUCGAGUUCAUCUACACAUCUCGUUUGAGCCUGGGUCUCGGUACCCUUCAGGACACACUGGAGGCGGCGAGCUUCCUCCAGGUGCUUCCCGUUCUCAACUUCUGCAACCAGCUACUCAGCAGUGAGAUCACUAUAGAAAACUGCUUGGAAGUUGAGCGCAUUGCCAGAGAUCUUCUUCUGGAAGAUGUCCAAAGACACGUUCACAUGUUUGUGUGUGAGAACUUCUCCUUACUGGUGCAGAGUGGCCAUCUCCUGCAGUUGUCUGAGGCGAGCAUAACGUACGCCCUCUCCAGUGACUCUCUGAAGGGUUUCUCUGAAAUGGAGCUGUACCGCAUCGCCCGCUCCUGGCUGUCCCAUAAACCUAGCGAGCGGCGUUCUGCUGCUUACUCUCUGAUGCGCCACAUCCGCUUCCCUCUGAUGUCCCCUGCUGAGCUCCUCCAGAUCUCUCAGGAAGAUCAGACUGAAGAAGGAGCAGCGAGCAGAGUAAAAGAGGAAGGGGAGACGUUCAUGCGAUCAGAAUCAGCCUGUGUCAACCUCCUUCUGGAGGCCAGCAACUAUCAGAUGCUUCCAUUCCUCCAGCCUUCACUCCAGACGGAGCGGACCCGGAUCCGAUCUGAUUACACUCACCUUGUGGUUCUGGGUGGUGUGAUGAGGCAGCAACUGGUGGUCAGCAAAGAGCUCAAGCUGUACGAUGAGGAAGACGGCGGCACCUGGAGGUCCCUCCAACCUAUGGAGGUGCCACGUUACCAGCACGGAGUGGCUCUUCUAGGGGGCUUUCUUUACAUUGUUGGAGGUCAAAGCACUUAUGACACCAAGGGUAAGACAGCUGUGGACAGUGCUUAUAGGUAUGAUCCUCGCUUUGACCGCUGGUUGCAGGUGGCCUCUCUGAAUGAGAAGAGGACGUUCUUCCAUCUGAGCGCUCUUAAGGGGAAGCUGUAUGCUGUUGGAGGGAGAAAUGCCACUGGGGAGAUUGAUUCGGUGGAGUGCUACAACUUGAACAAGAAUGAGUGGACUUUUGUUGCACCGAUGAGUGAACCUCACUAUGGACAUGCUGGCACAGUACAUGGAGGUCUGAUGUAUGUGUCAGGUGGUAUUACAAGAGAUGCUUUCCAGAAAGAGCUGCUGUGUUAUGACCCCGAUAGAGACGUGUGGAGCAGGCGAGCAGACAUGAUGGAGCUUCGUGGUCUUCACUGCAUGUGCACCGUGGGCGACCGCCUCUACGUCAUGGGUGGAAACCACUUCCGUGGGACAAAUGACUAUGAUGAUGUGCUAAGCUCUGAGUUCUACAGCCCUGCAAAUGACCAGUGGACAGUGGUGGCUCCAAUGCCCAGGGGUCAGAGUGAUGUUGGUGUAGCUGUCUUUAAGGGCUGCAUCUACGUGGUGGGUGGUUACUCCUGGAACAGCAGGUGUAUGGUGGAUAUCAUUCAGUGCUAUGACCCUGAGAAAGAUGAAUGGGAGAAGGUCUUCAGUGUCCUGGAGCCUCUCGGAGGCAUAAGGGCCUGCACUAUGACAGUUCAUUGCCCCAGAGGUUCAACAGAUGAGGCUGAAAUACAAGAGUGUCCUCUUUUAACAUCCAAAAGCUGAACAGAUUGUUUAAUAUUGUUAUUGAAUAGUAGAAAAAAAGAUCUGCACACUGUUAUACUACCUUAAUUCAAAAAGUAAAAAAUAGAAACGUUUCAGUCAAAAAACU